AAGUUACAGCCAAAGCAAAAGCUGGUGAGGUCGGAAAACCGUUGGUUCACUUGUGCAUAUAGCUCUGAAAGAGUGUAGAGAAGGAUUAUCAAGAAUGGCGUGCAGGAGUGUGUUGAGAACGGUAUUGUCAAAGGAACCAUGGUUAUCUCUUCCAAGGAAUCCCACCUCUUUUCCUCUACCAUUAUUUUAUAACCACAAAUCUUCUUUAUCCAUUUUCCCUUGUCGCUGUAAAUGUAAAUCCCCAAAUUAUAGAAGAACUCAGUUUCUUAAUUGCUCCAAUAACGGAAACCCAGAUGAACAGGGUCCUCCUCAAGAAGUUGUCCUUAAGGCCAUUUCAGAAGUGUCCAAGACAGAAGGGAGAGUUGGACAAACUACCAAUGUUGUUAUUGGAGGCACCGUGCAUGAUGAUUCAACUAAUGAGUGGCUAGCUCUCGAUAAGAAGGUGAAUUCUUACCCAACUGAAAGAGGCUUUACAGCUAUUGGUACUGGAGGUGAUGAUUUUGUGCAUUCUAUGAUUGUUGCUGUAGAGUCAGUGAUACAACAGCCCGUUCCCCAGGGACAGGUGAAGCAGAAGCUAUCUUCAGGUGGAAAAUACGUAUCAGUAAAUAUCGGACCCAUUCAAGUUGUUUCCAGUGAGCAGGUUCAAGCUGUAUACGAGGCCAUGAAGAGAGAUGUUAGGAUGAAAUACUUUCUGUAAACUACUUCCGUCACUACCUUUGUAUAUAAUGGCAAUACCUAAGAGAGUGUCAUUUUAUAAUGUAGUUUUGACCUUGUUUUCCUAAUAUAUAUAUAUCGUAUAUUCAUUGAACUAAACAUUCUUACUGGAUUUCUGGGAACACGUGUGGAGGGUUAUUUAUUUAUGGGUUUUUUCCCUUU